GUACGGCGGAAGGAGGCUUCAAACGCACUUCACCUCCGCAUAUAUUCCCGAUGUGGUCUUCCAAGUCUCUCCCACAACUUCAACCUUAAGAGACCUUUUUACGAUCUUUGUUCUCACGCUCUCUGCACUCCCCUUACCGAUCAACACCGAGAGCAACUUUCCUGAUUGCUAUACGUUCGAGAGAGUCUAUUUUAGCAACCAGCAGAAGACAUUGAAGAGUACUCGUCGUUCAACAACCACAAUGUCCGCCCCUCUUUCUUCGGAGCUGUCGUCUCCUUCUUCCUUGAUCCAAGAAUCUACUGUCUACUCCGACUAUGGUCCAGACGAGGAGUUGAAGACCCAGAGUCAAGACCACGUCAAGUCUACAACCAAAUCUGCGUCCAAGAAGUCUCCGUUUCUCAAGUAUCCGGCCGACAUCCAGCGUCUCAUCCGACGUGGCCUUUGCACCUAUGGCAUCAACACGGGCCCAGUACCCGAUGACACAGACUGGGCCAAGCUCACUGUUGCCAUGCUCAGGGAGCAGCUCGUCAUGCGUGAGAUGCCAGACGAUGGGAAGAAGGGUGUUCUCGUUGAGAGGCUCGAGAACUUGAAGACGUAUAAGCCUGAGGUCGUUGCUAGCAGAGACGCCCCUGACGACAAGCCAUUCGGCCCUAUCUCCAGGAAUACCGGCAGCAAAGGCGAGAAGCGCUUCUUUGUGGACAUGAGUGACAAGGGCCACGUUGGUUCUGUCAAGAAAGCAAUGAAGGAAGACAUGUUCGUGAUCAAGCAGUUCAACGAUCUCGAUAGUGAAGUCAGCUUCAGCCUUCGCGGGACCGGUCCCGAUACAUACGAUGUCACCAUCGGAACCAAAACCUCGUGUACCUGCUCGAGCAUCGUAGAUAUCAUGACGCAUGCUUUCCGGGCGCCUGCUGAGCUCCUCCCACAACGGACAUUGUUCGCCGAGGAGAUCAAGAAGCUCGUUGACCGCGCCCCCAAAGUCCGCUUCACCGCGGCGGAGGCCAGCCAAUACUUCUCUCUGUCGGGUGGUGUUCCGAAGUCCAAGGACGGCAAGUCCUGUCCUGUCUGCUUCAAGGAUAUUGGUGAGGCAGAGACGGUGUGCUGCGGAUGGACCCUCACGUGCGCUGUCUGUCAGGUUGACUGGUCGAACACGGUUAUCUGAGAGCAAGAUGGCAGUUCUUCAACAAGAGGUUUGGAGGGGUGUUGAUACUAAGAGACAUGACUAUUGAAGGCGUGUGGCUGGCUUUGAAAUGCCAUUUGGCAGAAGGCUUGACAACGCAGCCGGCUCAAC